AUGCCCGAGAAGGUGCACACACACUUUGGUGACUCGGACGGAGAGUCCUCAAAGCAGGCACCGAAACCUAUAUCAGAUGCAGUUCCUGCCGAGGACGGCGCCUGGAAGAAGAGGCGCAGCAAGAAGCGGAAGCGCGACGAGCCCGCCGACAACUCCCAGCCGCGCAAUGGCGAACCAAUCCAGGCCCCAAAGCCUUCUCCAGUCGUCGAGCCAGUAACACAAGAACCAAAGCCGGACACGAAGCCCGAUGAUACUCCCCAACCUCCGCCCAACAAGACCCAAGUCGCAAAACACAAGAACAACUUCAAGCCGAAGUCCUUCUCCGACACCAAGACAAACUUCGCACCCCUACGAGAAAAAGCAAAUGCCCUUUACGAGCUCCGGAAGAAGCUUCCUAUUUUUGGACACGCCGAUGAAAUCCGCCAGAAGCUCCGCGAGCAAGAUGUGAUGCUCCUGGUCGGUGAAACUGGUAGCGGAAAGAGUACGCAGAUCCCGCAGUUUCUGGUGAAUGAAUUCUGGUGCCGACCGACACCCGCCCAAAUACCCAAGGAAGAUGGCUCAACAAGAUCUGCCUCGGUGGGAGGAUGUAUCGCCAUUACGCAACCGCGUCGAGUCGCUGCCAUUACGCUGGCUCGCCGUGUAGCUGAGGAAAUGGGUACACCGCUUGGAUCUUCUUCGCCCGCUAGUAAGGUUGGCUACUCGGUUCGAUUUGAUACGUCUGUGUCGCCGAGCACCCGAGUCAAGUUCUUGACGGAGGGAAUGUUGUUGCAAGAAAUGCUGCACGAUCCUUGGUUGACCAAGUACAGCGCUGUCGUGGUUGAUGAAGUGCAUGAGCGUGGUAUCAAUGUUGAUCUAACUGUUGGGUUCCUGCGCAACUUGGUUUCAGGGAAGAAGGAGGGUCGUGGUGGUGUGCCUCUCAAAGUGGUGGUUAUGAGUGCCACGGCGGAUAUGGAAAGUCUAAUGGGUUUUUUCCAGGAGGGAUUCAAGAUCCAGGAGGAAGAACAGAAGCAUCUUUCUAAUGGAAAUUCUGGCGAGAAAAAAGAGACUGUCAAAGAGAUCACGGCCUGCCAUAUCAAGGGCCGACAGUUUCCCGUCAAAACCAUCUACUCGCCUGCACCUGUGCACGACUUUGUGGACGCAGCUCUGAAGGUCAUCUUCCAGAUUCACUACAAAGAGCCAAUGCCCGGUGAUAUCCUGGUUUUCCUGACUGGUCAGGAGACCGUGGAAGCCCUGGAGCAGCUGGUUAAUGAAUACGCCACUGGGAUGGAUCCCUCUCUGCCUCGGAUAUUGGUCCUGCCUCUGUUCGCGGCUUUGCCUCAAGCAGCCCAACAGCGCGUCUUCCAACCUGCACCACCACGCACCCGAAAAGUAAUUUUAGCGACUAACAUUGCUGAAACAUCCGUGACCGUGUCUGGCGUCCGAUACGUGGUGGAUUGCGGCAAGGCAAAGGUCAAGCAAUUCCGUACACGCCUUGGCCUAGACUCGCUGCUUGUCAAGCCCAUCUCCAAGUCUGCUGCCAUUCAAAGGAAGGGUCGAGCCGGUCGUGAGGCAGCAGGACAGUGCUUCCGUCUAUACACUGAAAAGGAUUACCUGACCUUGGAUGAAACGAAUACUCCCGAGAUCCUCCGAUGCGAUUUGAGCCAGGCACUUCUGAAUAUGAAAGCGCGUGGUGUGGACGAUAUCGUCAGAUUCCCAUUCUUGACGCGCCCACCGCGGGAGGCGCUGGAGAAAGCCCUGCUUCAGCUUCUCAACAUCGACGCCUUGCAAGACUCCGGGAAGAUUAGCGACGUCGGCCUGCAAAUCGCCAAGCUUCCUCUCACGCCAACACUAGGACGAGUACUAUUAGCAGCUGCGGAAAAUGGCGCUGAUUGUUUGAUCGACGUGAUCGACAUCAUCUCCUGCCUCAGCGUCGAGAAUAUAUUCCUCAAUACGACCUCCGAGGAGAAGAAGGAAGCUGCCGAGACGGCCCGCCGGGAUCUGUUUCGGCGUGAAGGCGAUCAUCUGACGAUGUUAGCAACGGUACGGGCUUACGCAUCCGAGAACGCCGACCGAAAGGCAUGGGCUGAGCGACACUUGGUAUCGCAUCGGGCCAUGCAGUCAGUAAUGGACGUCCGCAAACAACUCCGAAGUCAGUGCCGUCAAGCCAAACUCCUUCCGAGAGAUGACGGCAGAGAUCAUACGUCUGAUCCCGCACCGGUUCUCAUCCUGCAGAGCUUCCUGUGUGGAUUCGGGAACAAUACCGCCCGCCUGGUACCAGAUGGGAGCUAUCGCACGGUGGUUGGGAACCAAAUCGUCGCUAUUCAUCCAUCGAGUGUACUCUAUGGCAAGAAGGUGGAGGCGAUCAUGUACAACGAGUUCGUUUUUACAAAUCGCAGCUAUGCGCGCGGGGUUAGUGCGGUGCAGAUGGACUGGGUCGGUGAGGCCUUGGCUGGUUAG